GUCGUCAGCGUGCUCUUUUUUUUUCUUCUUUCAAACGCUAGCCGUUUUCAUUACUACGCUGGCUCACUCCCGCCGUCGCCGGGGAAUUUGCCGGCGAAGCAAACUCUUCGAUUUUGUGACGAAACGUACUGAUCGCUGCUCUCGGUGGUCUGGACUGAUCGGAGACGGCGAAUUCCAAUUUUCCGGUGCCCGUCGGCGUUGAGAGUGCUGCGGUUUCCUGGAAUUAGAUAAGCAGCGACAUAAGAAAAAUGUCUUCUCAAGGGAUGAACUUCUGGGUGCCAAGAGAUGCUGAUUCUCAACCUAAAGGAGAGAUUGGUCUUGAUGACAAUGCCUCAGCAGGAAGAGCUGAACAAAAGCGUGCUCACCAGUGGUUUACGGAUUCGUCUCACCCAGAACUUUUCAGCAACAAGAGGCUAGCAACUGAAGUUGUUAACAGUAAGCCAGCAUUGGAUGUUCCUCCACAUGGAAAGGCUUUUCCAUGGCCAAAUGUUCCCGAGUUCCAGCUGCUUUCGGGCCAACUUGGUGGCGGCAUUUUCGGGUCUGAGACAGUUGUCAAUGGAAGUUUUGCUGAUCAGAACCAGCCAUCGGUUGGGAGCGGUAGUAUGGAUAUGCGGACAAUGGGGUUUGGUGGGAACCAUGUAAGUGACUCCUCUGUGGGUUUAUCUAUAACUCAUAACAUUCAAGAUCACUCAGCUAGCACCAGUCUUGGUGGACUAAGAAAAGUGAAAGUCAAUCAAGUUACAGAUUCAAAUUCAGUGAGCACUACCUUCAAUAAGAGUGAUGGUGGCAGCUCCAUAACUUUGCCCCCUGCUUAUAGUAACUGCAAUGAGAAUGCUGUGUCAAUUGAGCGACUCUUUAGCAAGGCACAAGGAAAUUUUGUUUCAUCCAUGGGCUAUAAUUUCAACCAAGGGGAUGGAUACACCAUGCCUGUGACUUAUGGUUGUAGUAACAAGGAAAGUGGAAACAUUUUGUCUGUGGGGCAGACUUUUGAUAAGGCUGAAGCCAGCUUCAACCCAAUGGACCCAUCAUAUGGAAAGAAAGAUAACGCUCUCAUGUCAAUGGCUCCCCUAGGAGAUGAUGGUGCUAUCUUGAUGAGUCCAAACUAUGCUAAACCAAAGGAGAAUUUCAUCUCCACAGUUCACUCUAGCUGGAAGAGAGAUGAUAAUCUUGUUUCAAUAUAUCCAUCCUAUGUUAACUCCAGCAUCAAACCAAUGGUUCCAACUCCAGGCAGAGGGGAAUCUGGGAUCCUAUCUCUUGGUCACAACUACAACAACAAUGCUAUUGGUAAUGCUGUAUCUUUUGGGGCCUUUUGUGGGACUGAGAUGAAUGCCUCUAAUGCUUCUGUUGGUGGUGGUUAUGACACGUUAAUUCCUGGUCAGAACUCAGGUCAGAGUUCAGCAGAAAUAGUAGGCCAGAAGAAUUUGGUGCAGCCGAAUACAGACGGAGUGGCAGAUGAUGCUCCAAAUGCUAAUUUGAUUGGUGAUUCAGCCACCAGGAAUAAAAAGCCAAAAGCCAAGAAGGAUGUUAUGAACAACUUCCCUUCUAAUGUCAAGAGUCUGCUAUCGACUGGCAUUCUUGACGGUAUCUCUGUCAAAUACGUUUCCUGGUCAAGGGAGAAAAUUGUGAAGGGAACCAUAAAGGGAACAGGUUAUUUAUGUGGCUGCAAUGAAUGCAACUAUGGGAAGAGUGUAAAUGCCUUUGAGUUUGAGCGUCAUGCUAAUUGCAAGACAAAACAUCCCAACAAUCACAUUUAUUUUGACAAUGGGAAAACCAUCUAUGGUGUUGUUCAAGAGUUGAAGAACACUCCUCAGGAGCAGCUUUUUGAUGUGGUCCAAACUGUAACUGGAUCUCAGAUCAAUCAAAAGAAUUUCCUCUCAUGGAAGGCAUCUUUUCAAGCCGCGGCCCGUGAACUUCAGAGAAUCUAUGGAAGGGAUGAAGUUGUUGUACAAUUUUGAGAUUGCAAUCCUUGAGUCGGGGGAUGUUUUAGGUGGUAUGUGAUCUGUGCAUAGCCAGAGCAUCAUAAAAAUCUCAGUGAAAAAUAGAAAUGUUGGGAAUUGUAGUUUUUCAUACAAAGAAGGAGUGCAUAUAAUGCUAAAUUCAGAAAAUUUAUCAUCAGUUGGAAAAUUGGGUAAAUGCUGCUUGUGAUUGGAAAUAGAGUUGUCUGUCUUAUAGUAAUUGAGAAAGCAAAAGUACCUUUUGUAGAUUCGUCAAACAUAUUUUGGAAGUGUCCCUGGAGUAUGAUAGAAGAAUCAUUUUUAAAUUUGACAGACUAUAUAGUGCCCUUGUGAUAGUUCUGGGUGGCAGUUUUCUGGUAAUCACAUAUUUGAGCACUGUGUUGGAAACUAAGUUCAUUGUGCAUGGUACAACAGUUAAAGAUAUUCGAGCAGAUUUCCUCAAUUUCUCACCAUCUCUGCAUCCCUUCGGUUUUAUAUGUCAAUGUAAAUGAGAUGAGUGAACGAAAGGCUAGGAGCUGUAUUGAUGCUUUGCUUGCAAAAUGGUGAAACUUGACUAGCAUAAACAUGAAUAUGCCACCAUCACAGCACCCUUUAGAGUAUCUCUGUUGUUAUAUACACUGGUCAUAGAUCUGCUGUUUCUGAUUCUGUCC